GAAGCCAGUGAAAGCGAGGAAGAAAAAUGAAGAAGAAGAAGAGGCAAAGCCUGAAGUGAUACGAACGAGCACACACUCUGCUCUCUUGACUGUCGUCUGCAUCAUCAGUGGAGAUUGAUCCUUCGGUCUCUGCUUCGUACGCUGUCGAACCGCUGCUCCGUGCGUCUCCCAGCAGGUCUACUUAAAUUCAAAAUGUCUACUAAGGCAACAAUAGAUCUCCCUCCAAAAGGUGGAUUUAGUUUCGAUCUGUGCAGGAGAAAUGAUAUGCUAUCAAAGAAGGGUGUUAGCCCUCCAUCAUAUCGGAAAACUGGAACAACCAUUGUUGGAAUAAUUUUCCAGGAUGGAGUUAUUCUUGGAGCAGACACUAGAGCUACUGAAGGACCCAUAGUUUGUGAUAAGAAUUGCGAGAAAAUCCACUACAUGGCACCAAACAUAUAUUGCUGUGGCGCUGGGACUGCUGCCGAUACAGAGGCUGUGACAGACAUGGUAAGUUCACAGUUACAGCUGCAUCGCUACCAUAUAGGCCGAGAAUCUAGGGUUGUGACAGCUUUGACCCUCCUUAAGCGACAUCUUUUCAGCUACCAGGGUUAUGUCCAAGCUGCUUUGGUACUCGGUGGUGUCGAUGUCACAGGACCUCAUCUGCAUACGAUAUAUCCCCAUGGAUCAACUGACACAUUGCCGUUUGCUACGAUGGGAUCUGGUUCGCUGGCUGCAAUGUCUGUAUUUGAAUCAAAGUACAGGGAAGGCUUAACUAAAGAUGAAGGAAUUACUCUUGUUUCUGAGGCGAUAUGUGCUGGUAUAUUCAAUGACCUGGGAAGUGGAAGCAAUGUUGAUGUUUGUGUAAUAACGAAGGGUCACAAGGAAUACCUCAGAAACCACCUUUUGCCGAAUUCUGAUGUUUAUGCACUCAAGAGAGAGUACACUUUUCCUAAGAAGACUGAGGUUCUGCUAACGAAAGUCACGCCACUGAAGGAGAAAGUGGAAAUCAUUGAAGGAGGAGAUGCAAUGGAAGAGUAAUCAUCGCUAGCGGUCGAAGAGGGUUGAGCUUUUAAUUGGCCCUAUUGCAGCUCCAAUACUUCAUGAACCGGGCGUGAGAUGGGCGCAUAUAAAUUCGAGCGGCUGCUAGCCUUCAAUUCGAAAGCUAGAGCAACUGGUUGCUUGUUCAUCCUCUCCCCACUUAUGUUUCGUGUAGCUCCAUAGCCAUGUUCGAAAGCGCUUACUAUGUAAUGGAUUUCAUUGGGGCAUGGUUUGAACUUUCCUCAAGUGUCCAUUCGUCCGUCCGUCAUGUGAAAUGGUUUUUUAUGAGUAUGUAAGGACCGUUGGACCUCGCACGAGUUAGGAAGCAGAUCCAGCGAUUUUGGACGACGAGUUGAUCUCAUGGUUACUGAAGAGAAAGCAAAGCACGUGGUAAAGAGGUCCAACGGACCGUGCCAAUU